AUGGAGGAGGACGAGGCGGGCGCGGCGAGCGCGGAGCCGCGGGGCUCCCGCCACCGCUCGCCCAGCCCUGGCCGCCUGGAUGUGAGCUCCAGCCGCUUCGACCCGCUGCUGGCGCUCUACUCGCCGCGCACGCCGCUGCCCUUCCCCGCCGCGCCCUGCUUCAACAACCUCGCCGAGUACGAGAGCUUCCAGCGCGGCCUGCGCCGCCCGCACGGCCGCCGCGGUGCCCCCGCCAGCCGCGGUGCCCCUGCCGCCCGCGCGUCCCGCCGGGGCCCGCCCGCCCCCGACCCCGAGCGCAUCCAGCGCCUCCGCAGCCUCAUGGUCAACGCGGGCCCCGAGCAGGAGGCGGCUGAAGGCGGAACGGCGACGCGGCGGCGGCGGGCACCGCGCAAUGUCCUCACCAGGAUGCCCCUCCAUGAAGGCAGCCCGCUGGGGGAGCUCCAUCGCUGUGUCCGAGAUGGUGUCAGAAUCAAUGUCCACAUCCGCACUUUCAAAGGGCUCCGUGGAGUCUGCACAGGCUUUUUGGUUGCCUUUGACAAAUUCUGGAAUAUGGCCCUGACAGAUGUGGAUGAGACUUACAGGAAACCAGUAAUGGGCAAAGCCUUCUAUGCAGAACCUCAGCUCUCACUGACCCGACUGUUUGACAGACUCAAGCUGCAGGAAUCCUCAGGGAAGAAGAGAGCUGACUCAAAGACUGUCUCACAGGAGGUGGCCCUGACAAAUGACUCUCAGAUGCUGAGUUUGAAGGCUGGAUCUGGACGAGGGAGAGCAGAAGAGGAGCGUGAGAGGCAGAAACAUUUGGGCAGAGCUGGAGAGAAGAAGACUCCAGGUGACAGAAGUGAAGCUGAUGUGGGCAGCAGGACUGCCCACACAGAGGGGGCCAGUGCUGGUGGGGCCCGAGUGAGGAGCCAGCCCCGGAGGAGAAGGCGGCCCAAGGUGGAUUAUCAGCAGGUGUUCACACGCCACAUAAACCAGAUCUUUAUUCGAGGAGAGAAUGUCUUGCUUGUCCAUUUAGCACAUUGACUUGGCUGAGCCUUUGUCAGAGUAUUUAUUUGAUAGCAUGACUUGCUGCUGCAGCUCCCAUUGCUGUUUAGAGUUGUCAUUGAGUAGGAUGGUACUGUGGCUGGUUUCCCAUUGCCACCUCAAGGCAGGGGAAAGAAUUUUAACUUGAGCAUCCUGGGCUUGAUGCCAAAGCAGCCUCCUUAGAUCACUGUUGGGGGUCUUAGGAGAAGGUCAGCAACAGAGUUGUUUCUGUGAUAUGAGGAAGUUAAGCACAGAGAGAAUUUUGGUGUACUCUGUUACAGGAACUACUUGUGGCACACAUUUAAGGAUAAGAUCUGGACCUGCAAUAAAUCAGAAAUGCUCUUUUGCACAUUCUGAGUAAUAUCAAGAGGAAAUUGCUAAUGAAACCAACAGUUUAUCUGCUGCUGUUACAUGGAUGUCCUCUUUUCCAGAUAUAAUUCUGACAGUCAUUUUGAAAUAGUUGAAAACAUUGAAGUCACAUCCUGCUGAUGGCUACUGGCCUCUUUGCCAUAGUUAGCUCUGUAAAUGCUCUGUGUGAUAGAAAACCUCUUAAUUGUAAAGUAUUCUUUUAUUGUGGGUGAUGACAGGACUGUAACUUGUUUCCAGUAUCAAAGCUUAGGCUCUCUUUGUAAUGCUGUGCUUUGGCCCUGUGUCACCAGCAAGCCAAUGAUGUAGCUGCCUCAGAGACCUCCCUGUUUGGAGUUUAUCUGUGGCUGAGGAUGGAGAACUAUCCUUUCAUAUUUCACCCACUUGCUACUUAGUGUAAGAGUGAAGCUGGCAAAGAUUGGGUUUUUCUCUGGUGUGUUUGUACACACCUGUCCUGUAUUUAAACACCUUUCAGGCUCCCUUAAUGAAACCAGGAGCUGCUGUGUCUCCAGCAGCUCUCAUGGAGCAGGACUUUUCAUGGGUCUUUCCUGUCCCUGUGAGGGAUGCAUCAUGUAAUUCCAGUUGAGCUUUAGAGAUGCGCCUGAAAAGGUUUUGAAAUAUAGAAGUCAAACUCAACUCAUCAGGGUUUCAUUUUAGCAAGGCUGUUGAAUUAUUGCAGAUCAGACCAGGGUUCUGCAGGUAUAAACUGCUUUCCAAAAAACCUACCUGCAGAAGUUUGAGGGUAAAUGAAGCUGUUCCAUUAUGUAGUCUGUUCCCUUUGUUGUCAAAGGAGAUUUCCUGCUGCUAUUCUGUAUUCAUCUCAACUGCCUUGUGCUUUGCAGCAGCUCUGUGUGUUUAAGCUGAAGUUGGGAAAUUUCUUUGUAGCAGGACUUACAUUGCAUAUAGAUGCCCUGAGUUCUCAAAUUGAGUGGCUGUACUGUGGGUGACAUGGAUUUCUGUUGCUGCAGAUGCAGCAUUCUGCUUGCUGGGUCGUUAGGGAUAUGUCUGGUGUUUGGGUGAAUCACAGAAAUCAUUUAGCAGGCAUUCUGGACACACAAAGCAGCUGUUUGCCUCUGGGGGAGCUUGAAACUUAUGUCAACAUUUCAUAUGACAUGGGGCUUGAUGAGCUCAGCCACUGAGCUCAAAGCCAAGUUCAGUCUGGGACAGAAUAAAAAGUACUGUUCAGGCAAAUUAGUUUCAUCAAGGGAGAAAAAGAAAAGAAAAGAAAAAAAAUUAAAUACUCUCUGCAGCUUCUUCUGAAACAUUGCUUUACUGCUGUAAUCCCAUCCCUCUGUGAACUGAGACUAGGCACUGAAAGAUUCUUCUCAUGGAGGUCCUCGUUUCCCCUCUCUUCUUUACUGUUCAUGUUUGUGUUCAUGUGCUCUGCAGUUUUUCCCUUUUUUUCUUCUUUUUUUUUUCCCCCCUUACUCCUGUCAAUACUUUGUCUCCUCAGGACAUUCUAAACUCUGGUUUACAAAGACUGUUCUUGUCCUGGCCUUCUUCACCCUUUCCUGGUUGGCUUUCUAAGUACUAAGCAGAACCCUCACUAAUUACUGGAAACGUGAAGCUAGAAACAAGGUGCUUAUCUCUGCUCCUGACUUCGCAGCAGCUUUUAUUGCAAGUGAAUAUUUUCUUCCUUAUGGUUGUGGGGAUUUUCCUCUCUGUUUUCUGGCAGCUUUGUUCUUAUUUCAGCUGCUUGGGAUGACUCCUCUCUGCCUUUUCUAUUAGUACCAAAGGCCAUUGGUUCUGACCUCUCCUCUUUCUUUCAUAUUUGACCAAAGGGUGUCAGAUCACCCUCAGGCUGACAUACAGUGACAGCUCAUUGAAUUCUUGCUUUUCUUCACCUCAUAUUUUUAAAUCUAUUUGUCUGCCUAGUUAAUGCCUUGUGCACUAACUAAGAUACAACUACCGUGAAUGUUUUUGUGGUUGUGCUGCCUUUCCUGUUGAUUGACACUUCCCCAAGUUCUCAGUUACUGCUGGAAGUCUCAAUGUUUCCUUUCAUAAUGGGUUCUUCCCUGAAACCUUACAGAUGUUUGUUGCUUCACAUCUACAAGUUUCUUUGUUUACAUUUUAUGAAAAAUGUUGGUGCUUAGACUUAAGUUUGUGCCUUGAUUUUUAUAUCAUCCCUGACCUGUUCUUCCAGAAUCAUCACCUUGGUGAGCAAAUCUGGUUAAGGAUUAUAGUUUUAUAGAUAUCUACUUUUUUUGCACUACCUCAUUGUUAAAAUGUUCCUCCCGUCAUCUGUGAAGCUGGUUAAACUGCUCUCUUCUAGUUUAGAUUUAAUGAAUUAUUUGUUGGUUCUUCAUUUGUAUCCUACUUUCCUGUCCUCGUUUCUUAUUAUUUCCAAGCUGCUUCCUAAAUACUGCUUCUUCCUCUUCUACAACUUCAGAUCUUCCAAAAUGUCUUCCUUUUCCCACUUUUUCUGGCAUUGUGUAUUUUUAAAAUGCAUUAUUAAAAUGCUGUCGUACAGAUUUUGUCUCUUUCAAGUAUCGUGAUUGUGAUGAAGCAAGUGAUCCUGUAGGUGUGUUGUCACUUGCUUGUUCAAUACUGCAGAUAACAUUGCUCUUUAAAUAAAAUGGAAUGCCAUGUUCUGAAAUGGGUUCUUCUACCUCACUGAAGUAUUCUCCUAAAUCUGUUUAAAAAAAAAGAAAAAAAAAAGAAAACAAUUUGGAAGCAAAUGAGUUUUGGGUUUCAGUGUUUUUUUUAAAUUGUUUCUGGUUGUUUCUUUCUAUGAUUUUCCUUUUCCAAACUCAACAUAAAAUUUUUUGUUCAAAAAGUUUUUUGCUCCCAGCCCUUCCUCUCUUGCUGCAGUGAUGCUGUGAGCAUGAACACACCAAAGUCUUUGUGCUAAGGAAUGAAGAGCAGGAAACAGAGAGCAACAUGAGAGUAAAAAAGCUUUGGGCAGAUAUGAAAACCUCCCCCGAAAGGAUCAGCAGGUGCCACCUGUCCUGUAUUCCUGGGACUUAGCUCAGCCUGGUGCUCAGCAGUGGUUCUUAAAGUGUGUUUGGGGUGAGGUACUGCAGGGAGCAGUUUUCUGCAAUAAUUUCAAAGAAGCAUUGGGAUAAUUUGGGGAAGUUUUAAAAUAAUUUCCCAUUUCUGGGAUGAUUUCUUAGGAAAUGUUUUUGCACAGGUGCUUCACUUUUAUCAAACCCUCCUUAGGCUGUGGUUGUAGAAAAGGUAAGGCCAAAGGGGGAAAAAAGCUAAUAAAAAAGUGUGGGUUUGGUUCCUUCUCUGAACUGACACCUCUAGCUUGGUAAUUGCCUGGAAGGGUAUUUUCUGACCUAGAGUGAAGUACUUAGCACGUCCUCUGCAGGUGAUUACUGAAUUAAUCAGUGAGCGCUGUUUUCCAUCUGCUUCUUCCCCUUCAGUGUUUGGAUUCAUUGUUUCUUCUGCAGCAUUCCCUCAGCAGGGCAGUGUCUCAGCAGGAACAGGCCUGAGUGCCCACUGAUUUUUACUCUUCCCUAAGGAAUGUUACCCCAUCCAGUUUUGAAUUCAAAGAGCUUUUGGCUAGGCUUCAUUUUCAUACUGUUCUCUUUAGAUUUUUGGAUUUAUUUGGUCAGAAGAAUUAUUUAUCUUGGAUUAGUAUUACUUUUUGGAGUAAACUGAUUUUUUGAAACUUUUAAAAAAUAAGUUUUUCCUUAUUUUCCUCCACAAAUUGCUAGAUUUUCCUAGUUUGUUGUUGCAGUCACCCACUUGCACCUGUGAAUCACUGGGUGAAGAGGUGUGCAGGAUAAAAAGAGGCAGAGUAAAAAGGUACGUAAUUUUUAUUGAAUUUGACGUUCUGUCCAACAUUCUGCCCACACUCAGCCUUUCUGUUUCUUACUGGCACUGACCUAAGUGAGGCAGGUGUAAAUGAUUUGAUCCAGAAUCUUGAAGGAAAAUGGAGCAGGGACAGCAGACUGAAAGUACUGAGUUUAUGAAGAUGUUUAUCUCCAGGUAAACUUCCUGUCUUUGACUAAACAGAUCAGAGUUAUAAGCACUGACUUAUACUGCUAGCUCUGCCUCUUGAUAAAACUGGAAGGCAGAGUCCUGCAGCUUUUCAGAGGUGAUGCAGUGAUUCCCUCAGCCAGGACAGCUCUUGCCUGAGAAGCUGCUCAGGUAUAUGCCAGUGUCUGCCUCAGAGCAUAACUGCAAAUACUGCCAAUUAAUAUGAGGAUGUUUUCUCUCCUGCCUGCACUGCCAAGUGUAAAAUAUGAAUGCUGAAGUCUGCAGCAUCUGCAGCCCAGAACUACUUCAGUUCGUGCUUUCGCUUCUUGACAUUGGCUUAAAAAAUUCAAGUUUGUGCUAAUGGCAAUCCUAAGACAGUCUUUUAGAACAUUAGGAAAGCCUGCUGCUGACUAGAAAUAAUAUUGGAAAAGUAAGUUUUUACAGAAUUUGUGAAAUUGUGAUUGUAAUUAGUAUUGCAAACCAGGAAAGACUGAGAGAGUUAGAAUUGUUCAGCCUGGAGAAGAGAAGCUUUGGGGUGACCUAAUUGCAGCCUUUGAGUACCUGAAGGGAGCUUACAAGAAAGAUGGAGAGAGACUACUGACAAGGGCCAGGAGCGCCAGGACAAGAGGGAAUGGCUUCACACUGACAGAGAGUAGUGUUAGAUGGGAUAUUAGGCAAAGACAAAGGAGGGGAGAGGAAUUACUCAGGUGGUGGUAACUCUUUGACAUGGGAAGGGGCUUUCUAACCUGUGCCUUGGGCACAAUCCUGCCAGCACUGGGCAGUUGAGCUCUGUAGAUGAAGGGGAGGAUGCUGAGCCAGCUCUUGAGUGCAGCCUCCCUUAUGCUGUGAACCUUUCACAGCACCUGAACUGCCCCUGGAAUCUCUGCCAGGCUCCUGCCCUAACGACUGACAUGUUUGAUCCUGCCUCUUAAUAUUUUACAGAUGAAACCCAGUGGGAGAAGAAGGAAUUAAGCAAAUUUGCCCUUUUGAGGUGGGGAUGGAGAAGGCUUGGUUUUCCUUGGCUUCCUGGGGUGCAGGAGAAAGGACUAUUUUAAUGGGGAAAUAGCAGAGAUGUUUGUCUCAUGAUGUUUACAAGUCCUUUCAGAUGUCACUGUAAGUGCUCUUGCUCUUAGCUGGUGGAAGUGAAGGCCUGUCAGGGAAGGAAAAUGCCUCCUGAUGUUCCUGGAUAACUAUCUUAUUAGCUUCUAGCUUUCUGGUGUACACCCGGAUGACUUUGUUGAAAAAAAAUUAGUACACCUGAGACUUUCAGUCAGUCUUGUAUUCGUUUAGAAUGAAAAGUAGUUUGAUCAGUUUGUGUGAAAACAUAUCCAUCCUUUUUUCCUCUCAAAAGAUCAGUGCUCUCCCUCAGGAAAGAAAUGAAAGCUGCUCCUAUAGCGAUUGCUUCUGAUUUCCACUGCUUCAGAGCAAAGUGCAGCUGUGCCAAGGUGUCUUCAGCUGACACAUUAUCCUGAGAGGAUGAGAUGAGAGAAAUGUUUGGUUUCUCUAAAACUAAAAUGGGCAUUACAAGGGGAGCAGAUGGGAUGACCUCUUUUCAAUAGUGCACACACCCACAGUAGUUGCCCAGACGGACUUGUUAACCAAUGAGUCACCUGUAAAACUUCCUUAGGGAGCCACAGAGGAGCAGCAUGAGCCGCCAGACAUGGAAUUGGAAGUCAGGGGCUGACAAAUUCCACUCUCUUCACUGCCUCUUGCUCACUGAAUGGUCUUGGCAAGUUGCUUCCAUCCCUCUCCCACAGCUGUAGCACAUCCAAGAGCACUCCUUGCCUGUCUUAGGAGGAGCUGGGGAAGUGGUAAAUGCUAUACAAGUGCCAAGUGUUGUUAUCAAAACUCUGUCAGGUAAUGUAGAUACAUCAACCCUCUGCCCUCUCCAGGCUCGUGACUGUUAGUUAACCUCACCUUGGCACAUGAAAACCAUGUGGGGAAUCAGGUACAAAAACACUCUUCAGUCUUGAAAUCACUGACGUCUUCAAGGUCACAUUUGGUGACUUCAAUAUCUGUUUCACAGCUGCAGUUCCAUGUUUGGGUCAGAUGGUGAUAAAUGAGGGUGUAACUUGUUUGUAAUUCCUUCUCUGUCUUCCUAAACAUUUUGUUUCUUAGGAAGCUGAUGCUGCUAUGAACAUAUUGGAUAAUACUGAAUUUGCAAUAUUCUGCUUUCCAGAUAUAAAUGUUUAUAUUUAAAAUUGCUAAGACUGCGAUGCAAUAAAUAUAUCCAUGUAACAGUU